UAUAUAUUCAAUUAAUAGUAUAAAUAACCUAAUUAUAAAAAGUAACAAGAGGCCAACCAACUAAUCCAUUUUUAUAAUAUGAAAGUAAGAAAAAGCAUUCAAGAAGAAAAUUAAAUAAUUUCGAGCGUUGAAUCAAAGCUUUCACAAAAUGAAGAUAAUAAGACCUACUAAAAAAAAAGUGAUCUUUAAAGUUAUUUCAGUGAUAAGGACAUCUAGUUGUCUUCACAAAAUUUUUCAUAAAAUCUUACUUCUAAUAAUAAACUAAAUCCAAUUUCUAGUUUAUUGUUUGAUUAAAGUGGAAACAGAUUAAAAUAGAAUUUGCUACCAUUUACAGAUAGAGAAGCUCGCUUACCUCAAUAUGGUUCUUAAAAAAACUACACAAAAGAAAGUGAUGAGAUAGACGAAGGACCUAAUUUCGGUUCCAGUGGAGUUACAGUCAAAAAGAGUGCCUAAACAAGUGCAACAAAAACUGUAUUAAGUUUUUAGAAGAAGUCUCCAGUUUAAUCUUAAAUUUCUAGCUAUUCACAUAUCUAAGCAGGAGAUGCAUAAUAAUUAAACAGUGAUAAUGAGAAUACUAAAAGUUUAAAUAAUCUUAUGCCUAAUUAUUAAAUUUAAGAAUAAUAUUAUAGUGUCAAGAUGCCAUCCUCUCAAUAAAACAGCCAAUAAAUUAAGCAAUAAAGCUUUUAAUAAUUUAAAAACUUUAAUAGUGACAUGAAUCAUAAUAAUGUUAAGGCAAUUAAGUCUUAUUCUAAUUUACUUCAAAGUCCAGAUAUUUUAGAAAGAAAAUCUAAUCCACAAUUUUAAUCCUAACAAAAGUUCUUUCAUAUCAAACAUUUAUCCCAAGAUCCAGGCUUUUUUUAAAGCUACUCAUAAGUUAAGUUAUCAGCAUAGAACUUAGACGGUAAUAAUCACACUGUGCCAAUAAGUAAUUAAAUCAAAAAACGCUAAGAUUACAGAUCACUUAAUGAUAAAAAAGAAGAGAAGCUGAAUAUCUUAGUCAUUCUUAAUUAAAUAAAUGCUUUGUACGAGAAGGAUGGAAAAAUAUCUUAUAACUUAUGUAUUUUAGUUUAAAAAUUAAUUGGUAAACUAUCAAAAUAAGAUAAUAUGUAUGGCGAUCAAAUGAAAUUGUUUUUUAAUAUCAUAUAAUAAAUGAUCAUUUGUGAAGAGGAGACUAUUCUUAACAGGAUAAAGCAAUCUAAAUCUCUCAAAAAAAAGAAAUAAACAAUUAGCAGCAUCCCUGCUUAUUUUUAAUGUGUCCAAAUUCUUUCUGAGGAAAUUGAUUACUUGAAUACUCAUUUUGAACAAAUAAUACAAUAAAUAAAAGAAGAAAAAGAAAAGGUUAUUGAAGAGAAUUUUAGUCUGAGAGAUAAAAUUUAGGUUGCACAAACAGAUUUUGUAAAAAAUUCUUAGUCGAUAGAGAAAAACUACCAAAACAAGCUGAAUGAAUCUCGCAAAAAAAUUGAGUAGCAAAUAUCACAAUAAGAAGAAUAUAUAAAAGAACUAAAUGGACUUAAAGAACAGAUAAGGCUAACUAAGUAAGAAAAUGAAAAGUAGAUGAGAAACAAUAAUAAUCUAAACUACAUGUUGCAAUAGAGCUAGUAAAAAAUCAAUGAAUUAAAUGAUAUAAUAAAUUGCCAUCUUAAUGAAAUUCAAUAAAAAGAAUAAAAAAUUAUUAAUUGCAAUUAGCAAUUUGAGUAAUAUUAGAAUCAGUUAGGAUAGUUCACGCCUAGGCCUAAAUUUGAUGGCUUUUUUAAUAUGUUUGAGCAAGUUUCUGAUUUUUCUAUAUCUUUUGCUCUUGAUUAAAAAGGAUUAAGCACUUAAGAUAAAAUAGAUUAUAUUUAGUACAUGGUAUAAGAGAAAAUUAUAAACUCUCAAACAAUCAAAGACGAAGACAAGAAAAAAUCAUAAGCAAAGAUAAAGCAAUAAAGUAAAAUAAAGUAAAAACCUUAAAUUUCUAAAGAAAAUUAAAACACUCCACCAAAAUCUAGAAAUCCAAACAGAAAAACCUCAAAUUUUAAAUAUUCUAAUAGUAUUAACAUAUCAUCUAAUAGCAGUAGUCAAGUUAAUAUUAAAAACUUAAAGGAUAUAUUCAUAAAAGCUGUUUAAGAAGUAUAAAAGAGAUUAAGACUAAAAAAGUUAUAAAUGAAAUAAGGUGUUCCUGGCUCUGACUAAUUAGAUAUUUUUUCUUUGAAUACAUCUUAAAAUUUGAAUAGCUUGAGUAGCAGCUAAUUAAAUAACAAAUUUGAGUAAAAAUUGAGUAAUUUUAGUAAAAGUAUGAGAUCGAUCCCAAGAAAGGCAUCUAACGGUUUGAGUCUUUAAAGAUCAAAUUCGAGAGCUACUCUUUAAAGUAUGGAUUCGUUAGAUAUAUUAGGAAAAGAAAAUAAACUUAAAAAAUCAGAAAAUUUAUCACAACCAAAUAUAUUUGAUUAAGUUUCUAACAUAGCAUUCGAAGAAGUAUAAUUUAGUCAAUCAAAUUUUAAGAGAUCCAAUAAAGGUAGAUCUUCAACAAUAAUAUAAAAAAAGAAGACAACAAUAAUUGAAGAACACAAAUGA